GCCGGGCUGCUGCUGUCACACGCGGUGUGCACCGUGUCUAGCACCGCCCUCAUGCUCCGGGUGGAACGGGGACCCCCAUGUGUUUUACCACGUCUCUGUAUAAAUAUCUAAAGGCAAAAAGCCCUCCUGAUAGUACUCCAAGAAGGCCUGUUUUAUCUGUCAGUGCAAGAAAAAUUAAAGAUAAUGCAGCAGACUGGCAUAAUUUAAUGAUGAAAUGGGAGAGACUGAAUGAUAAUGGAUUUACUACAGCAAACAAAAUAGUCAACAUGAGGAUCAGUGAGCAAUUUCAAGACAACAAACUGGAGAUAGUAUGUGAUAACAGUGCCACAGAACCUGAAAAGCCAACCCCAAAAUACAAUGAAGAGCUGGACAAUUGCUGUGCAGAAUUACUUGAGACCUUAAAGCAAAUGACAAAAAUACAACUGAAAAUGGAAAAGCUUACUUCAACUACUAAAGCAAUCUGUGACUUGGAAACAUUCCACCAUGGAGCUGGGAAUUGCAAGGCUCCCUUCUUUCAUACAUGGCCCACACCGUACUUCUAUGAGGUUUCUCUGAAGCUGUCUGAAAUGUACAAGAAGGAACUACAACUCAAGCAAACAAUUGUACAAGACAUUGCUCAUUCUGCUGACCAGGAUCUGAUGAUGGUGUAUUUAUCCUCGUGGCUGUACCAGCCUUACAUUGAGAACAGCAGCAUGCUGCUGCUCGAAGCCAUGCUGCUGGAAACAGGACACAGGCAGUGCUAGAACUCCAAAGGUUACAUGGCUGGCUUCUGGUGAUGCUUUUAUAUGAAACUGAACUGGCAUAUUGCAAGGCUUACCAAGUGGAAAUUGUGGUUUGUUCUCAUUUCUUAAGAGGCAAAAAAGGCUCUUCAGGAAGGGGUCUUCAUAUUCACAGACCCUCUUGCUUAUUGACUGGUGUUGGGCAUUGGAAGAUUACUGCAAAAUCAUUGCAGAGAUGUUUUGUCAUUCUAGCUCUAAGCAGUUGAUUGUUAUAUUUGUAGCCCUCAAAUACAAUUAUCUGACAGUCAGUACAAAAGAGUAUCAUAAAGAAUUGCUCACUGCAGUGAAAGACUUUGAAAGACCAGGAGGACUUUGCUUUGUAUGCUGCCUUCACUUACAAGGCUUGGUGUACUUGCUGAACUGGCUGCAGCCACAGUAGGUUUUGGAGACCUUGAAGCCGAUGCUGUGGCACAAGAAGCCCUCUGUCCAUUCACCAUCUUGGAUGGGGGAAUCUUGUCCACAGACCCGUGAGAUGGUAAAGGCCUCUGCAUAAGCAACUGAACUGGAGACUCAGAAGAACUGUGCAGGAGUAGCUGCUGCUGCUCAGUUCCUGAAACAGGCUGUAUCCUAAUUAUCUGGGGAUUAAUAAUGCCAACUCCUGGUAUGCUAGAUUUCCUACCAACUGGCUGACUCAGCGUUAUAGUUUUGGACUGGAUUGGUGCCAAUGAUGUCACUGGCCCUUCAGUUUCCUUCAUCUGUCCUGGCUGAACUUGGACACAAAUGGCUUCCAGCUGCUUUUGUGGAAAAAAGGAAGAGUUGCAAUUACACAAAUACAGUAUUAAUAAAUAAAUACAAUAUUUAUUGAGUUAA